AUGAACACAGAAGAGUUAAAGGAAGCCAUUAAAAGAAUUGGAUAGAGUUAAUAAGAGUAAGUAUAAUGUAUUAACAGUAGAUCUUAAUAAGAUUUAGAGAUUGUAUGGCAGCAAAUCCAACACCCUAUAGGAUUGGAUUUAUUGUAUCAAUGUGCAAAGAACGUAAUCGAAUUCAGACAAUACACAAUGUAUUGGAAAGUAAGUAUUAUCUUAUUAUUGAUAGUUUGCAAAUAAAAUCUUGAUGCAUAUAGUGAAGGUGUGUUUAAAUAAUCGAGAUCAAUUGAAGGCUUGGGAGACACUUCGUUUAAUCAUAGAUCCAGACAAGCAUUUCUUCAAAUGUCAUGAGUUAGUCUAGAUGGAUGAAGACUAGGUAUUCAAAUCCAAAAGAUUUUUAGUUUUCACAUUUGGAAUUCACUUAAUAAGAAUUUUGUGCUAAUCUUUUGGAAGGUUAAGAUGUUGAUGCAUUAUAUGAAGAUGAAAAAGGUAAUGUAAUUGGAUGGUGUAGAGCAAAUAUAGUAAAGAUUAAUGAUAAAUAUGUUUGGGUUAAAUGGUAUGAAAAUGAAGAGAAAAGAAAGAUUGCUAGAUAUUCAAUGGAUUUGGCACCAUAUAAAAGUAAAGUGACAGAUGAUGAAUGGGAAUGGAGACAUUCUUUUACUAUUGGCGAUAUAAUAGAUUGUUUUGAUAAUCGUGUAUGGUAGAAUGCUACUAUUGUUGCUGCCUUAAAUGAAGAGAAAGAAUAUUCUGUUGGAUUUAGAGUUUAUGAUGAAAAAGGCAAUUAGUAUGACUCAUAAAAUAGGAGAUUCUUUGGUUGGAAUUAAUAAUAUGAUGAAAGAAUUAAAGCAGUGAGUCCAAGAAUUUAAAAAAGAAAUGCAUUUUCAAAAGGAUAACCAUCUAAUCCUCAUUGUUAAGAGGAAAUUAUCCAUGAUUGUAAUGAUUUCCUCUAUCCAAAUACUGAUUAUGGUGUACCUAGAUUUUAGACAAAAUAAGCUAGAAGAUCAAUUGUUAUUUGUGAAAUGAUCAAUGAAUUUGGCAAUGCUGGAUUAUUUUAAUACAUAUUAGAUUAAAUUCUUAAUAAAUGCACUAUAGAUUUCUUACAUAGUUAUAUGGUAGUGUUGAAUAAUUUCUAAGAAAUGUUAAAUAGAGAAUUAGUUUUAAAUUACGUUCCCCAAUUAUUUGAGGCAGUCUAAAAUAAUAUAUUAUAAUCAGCUGAUAAUAAUCUUAGAAACUUUUCAAAUUAAAAGAUAACUGAUAUUUUACAAGCAUUAAGUAAUUUAUUAAAAAGAGUAUAUGCAUUAUAAAAGAGAUAAGAAAUGAUAGAUAGAUUGGAUUUAGAUAUAGCAUAUAAAUGUUUUACAAGUGAUUUUUUAGAGAGAAAGAUUUAAGGUUUGAAAGCAAUUUAAGAAUUGAUAAAGAAGACAAAAGAUUAAUAUAAUUAAUAUGGAAUGUAAGAAUGGUAAAAAUAAGCAGCUAUUUAAAUGAUAUUAGAAUGGUUAAAUGAAAAAAAGAUUUUUGAAAGUCUAUAUGUUGGAACUGGCAAUUCUCAUUUAGUAUAAAGAAGUGCAGAAUUUUUUAAAUUUUUAAUAGAAGAAAAAAUGAUUAGUAUUAAUAGUUUUAAAGAUAUAUGGUAUAGUUUAGAGAAAGCAGAAUAUGAACAUAAAUUAGCUAUCUUUAAGUUAUUUAAAGAUAUUUCAAAUUCAUUAGAGAAAGAAUGGUUAGAUUUCUUGACUGAUGCUGUUUGUAGUAAAGAUCCAAAAGAUGUCACAAAAGAUGAUUUAGAAUUGUUACUUGAUAUAAUUAAGAUGAAUUAUAGAUAUAAAGAUGAAUAUAUUUAGAAAUGUUGUAAUUAUUAAUGGACAGUAUUGAAGAGUGGAUAAUUAAAUUAGACAAUGUAAGAAUAAUAUAUUUCAUAUUAUAUUGAUUAAGUCACUUAAUAUGAAAUGAGACCUCAUAAAGGAGCAUAGAUAAAUAUGAUAGGAGAAAGUAUUGUGAAUGGAGAAUAAGUUAAUGUUGGUUUGAAAGUUUUAAUUAAAUUGAUAGAGAAAUUAGAUAUUUAACCAGUGGCUUGGGAAUAAUAUACAAGAAAUGUUGCAUUAACAGAUUUAGAGAGUAAAUUUAAAAUAGUAGAAGAAAUAAUUAAAUCUAUUCCUGAAUUGAAAAAGUAAAAAGAUUAUUUGGAUGAAAUCAAGAUUAGAAUGCAAUUCAUUUAAUUCUUUUAUUAAAAUAUAAGCACUUAUGAAUAUAGAUUAACUUUUAAUAUUAUUUCAAGUAUAUGGGAAUAAUUAGUUUGUUAAUCUUCAAAUUAAUAAGAAAAAGAUUUAGUAUAUAAAUGGUUUAGUGCAUUAUCUACUUAAGAUGGAUAAUCAUAAUUAACUUCAAUGGUACCUCUUUAAGAUUUAAAAUCCUUUUUUUAUGAAAAAAUGACAAAUGAUUUAAUCUAAUUGACUGAAGAAGGAUUUAAUUGUUUUAAAACUGUUAUGACAGCAAUAAAUAAAUAAGAAGAUAAUGGUUUUGGUCUUGAUGUAUUAUGGCAAAUUAUUUUAGAAACAGAAAAUGAUAAGGUAUCUUAAUCUGCAAUAGAUUAUUAUCAUUCAUUUGAAAGUACAUUAGAUGUUUUAUUCAAUAAAUUAUAAGAGAAUAGAAAUAAUAAUCAAAAAUUAUAUAGGUGUUUAUUAGUUUUGGAGGGAUUCAUAGAUUAAAGUGAAGUAAAUGGAGUAGGUAAUUUAAAAAGUUUAAAUGCUUUAUCAUAAGGAGAAGAAUUAUAAAUUUAAAUAUCUUAUGAACAUGGUAAUUUUAAGAAAUUUACAAUUAAAAUAAAUGAUAAUUAAACUAUUAUUGAAUUAAGAUUGGCAAUAAGUAAAGUCAUUAAAUAAUAAUGGGAUUCUAUUGGAUUGAAUAGUUUAAAAGGUGAAAUUAAAUUUACUGAAAAUGGAAAAAUGAUUAAAGAUUUAAGAUUAAAAAAAGGGGAAAUUAUUAUGGUAUUUAGAAAAUAAGUAAAAGAAAUACCUGAAGUUAAUCUAUUAGAUGGAGAUGUAUUAUCAGAACCAGCAAAAUAAGUAUUUGGAGAAAUCUUUAGUGAUUAUUCAACUGAUGGUAAAAUGAGUAAAGAAGAUUGUACAAGAUUUGUUACUGGUUGUACUGGUAAUCCUUGUAGUAUUGAUGAUGCUAAUAUCUAAAGAACAUUUGAAUAAUAUGACAAAGAUAAAGAUUCAAUUCUGACUUUAAAUGAUUUCUUAGAUUUCUAUACUGAUUCUGCAAGAACCAAAAAAUCAACUGUUUGGUUGAAUCUCCAAACAUUGCAUUAUAGAAAUGAUUUAAUUAGAGGAGAUAGAGUACCUUUACCAUAAGUAAAUGCUCAAUUAUUGCCAAGAGGAUAAAUUGUAUAAAAUUAAAUGUAUUUGGAUUUACUCUUUGAACUUUUACAGAAUUCAAGUAAUGAAGUGUAAGAGAAAACUUGGUAUUUAUUGAGAAGAUUACCUCCAUCACCAUAAUUGAUUAAAUAGAUGCUCACAUUUGAAAACAUCUAAUAGCCUACUGAUUGGGAUCAGAUAUUAGUAAGUAGUCAUUAUAGAUUAUUAUAUAGUCUAUAUAUUAUAGAGUUUUUGAUGAAUCAAAAUGAUUCAAAUAAUUUAUAAGCAUUAAUUGAUGAUUAAGAGAUUCUUUUAUUGAAGGAUAAAUGGAUGAGUAAGUUUUUGUAACUUGGUGGAUUUGAUAAGUUAUUACAAUUCUUUAAAUAAUAUUAAGGUAGAAGUGUAAGUACAUUACCUCAAAUUGAAAAAGAAAUCUUGUCAUUCCUUUUAAAAACAUUCUAAAAUUAUGUUAUUGCUGCUUGUGCUAGUAAUGUACCUAAUUUGUAUAAGGCAUCAAGAGGUAUUUAAAUCAUCAAACCAUUGGAUUAAGUAUUACUUGAUAUUAGAUAAUCUGAAGAUCCUGAAGAAUUUAAAUUAUUGGUAUAAAAAUUGAAAGAAAGUCGUCUUGGUGAUAGUAUUACUGAGAAGAUUGAGAAAUUUAUUAGUGUCUUAAUAAAUUUAAUUUAAGAAUUACUUAAGAGUAAUGAAUUAGAAUAAGAAGAUAGAUAGAUUAUUGAACAUAGUGUAAUAGUAAUAAUUGUAAUAUUAUUACAUAAUUAAGAAUUAUUAACAAAUAGUAUAGAAAAUGUUGAAUUCAUUAAUAUUUUCUUUAGUGGAAUCUUUACUGAUAAAUCUGAUAGUGUACGUAAUUUAUUUAGUAGAGCAAUACUAGUACUUUGUCAUGAAAGUCAGAAAAGAAAUAAUUAACCUACUAAAAUUAUAUUAUAACAAUUAAUUUCUAUGUAAAAUCAACAAGCUAAUUCAUCAUAAUAUUAUGAAUUAUUAAGUUAAUUGAUUGAUAGUGCCUUUGAAAGUGAAGACUCUUAAUAAUUUAUUGAUUAUUAACAAUUGACUUAAUAAGUAAUUGAUAGUUUAAUUAAUCAUAAAAGUAUAGAGACUAGAUAAAAAUCUACAGGUGUUGAUAAAAUCCUUAUUGGUCUAUUGAAUUUGUUAACAAAAUUGUACAAAUUUAUUAAAUAACCAAUUCAUGAUAUUAUAUUCAAUGAUUGUUUAUUUAGUCUAUAAGAUGAGAAGGAAAUAAAAUGUAAAUCAAAUGAAAGUAGAUAAGCUGCAUUUAAAUUAUUAUACUAAUUAUCUCAUCAAUAGAAUAAUUGUGAAAACAUUCUUUUAAAUCUUUAAUAGUUAAGUUAAAAGAUUCCUGUUAUAAAUAGAUGGAAUUAUAUUCCUGCAAGUGAUAUGAGAAGUUCCUUUGGAUAUAGUGGAAUAAGAAAUCUAAGAUGUAUUUGCUAUAUGAAUGCUAUGCUUUAAUAAUUUUAUAUGACUCUUCCUUUUAGAUAUGGUAUAUUAUAAGCUGAUGAUGGUCAAGAACCUGAUAUGUAAGUAAGUAAAACAGGAUUUUAAUUUGAUGACAAUGUGCUUCAUUAAUUAUAAUAAAUGUUUAGUUAUUUAGAAUUAUCUGAUCGUAUUGAUUAUAAUCCUUAAGAGUUUUGUGCAGCAUUUAAAGAUUAUGCAGGAGAACCAGUCAAUAUAUUUAUUUAAUAAGAUGCUUAAGAAUUUUUGAAUAUGAUAUUUGAUAAAUUGGAGAAUCUCCUUAAACACACAGUCUAUAAGAAUAUCUUAGAUGGAGUAUUUGGAGGUAAGACUUGUACAUAAAUUGAAUGUUAGAAUUGUAAAGCUAUAAAAAAUAAGGAUGAAAUAUUUUAUAAUUUAUCUGUUCCAAUAAAGAAUCUUAAAAAUCUUUAGGAAUGUUUUGAUAAAUUUGUAUAAGGUGAAAUUAUUUCAGAUUUUAAAUGUGAAAGUUGUAAUUAAAAGGUUGAUGUGAAUAAGAGAUAAUUGUUAGCUUAAUUACCUAAUGUUUUGAUAUUACAUUUAUAAAGAAUAGUAUUCAAUUUAGAUACAUUUAUGAAUGAAAAAAUUAAUUCUCGUUUAGAAUUUCCAAUCAAUUUAGAUUUAGCUUAAUAUACUAUUAAUUAAGAUUAAUGUACUCAAUAUAAAUUAGUUGGUAUAGUAGUUCAUUUGGGAACUGCAGAUGUAGGACAUUAUUUUAGUUAUAUUGAUAUAAAAAAUUAAGAUUAAUGGUUAGAAUUUAAUGAUCAUAAAAUAAAGGAAUUUAAAUUAAAAUAAAUGGAAAAUGAAUGUUUUGGUGGUUAAUCAAAUUUAGAAUAUAAUGAUAAUGAUGUUUGGGGAAAUGGUUUUAGAGAGAAUUCUUAAAGUGCUUAUAUGCUAAUAUAUGAAAAGGUAGAAAAAGACAAAAUAAAAUUAGAAUUUAAUUCUUAAGAAGAAUUACAAUAAUCAUUAUCGAAAUUUGAUAAUUAUACUAUUCAACCCAAUAAUGUAUUAUUAGUAGAUUAUAAUUCAUUCAAACAAUAUAUACCAACUCAAUAUCAUAAAAAAGUGAAUAGUGAUAACUAAUAGUUUUUAUUAGAAAGAAAUCUUUUCAAUAUAGAAUUUAUGAAGUUUAUUUUAGACUUAAGUGAUUUUGUAAAUAAUGACAAUGCAAAUGUAAUGAUAGAAAUUCUUAUUAGAUUUAAUUAUGAUCUAUUAGCUCGUUCAUAUGAUAAUUCUAUAUCAGAACAUUUUAAUACAAAGAUUUUACAACUUAUAUAAUAAUAUCCUAAUAGCAAUUAUCUUGAUUUAAUUUACUAUGGUAAAUAAGCUAAAGUAUAAGAUCUUUUACUUGUUUGUCCAGAAACUAGAACUCGUAAAUAUUUUGGCAAAUUAUUGUCAACAUUAUUUAAUCAAGCAAUAUAAAUAUAAGGUGAAAUCACAGAGAAAAUAUAAGAAGGUUUGGAUUAAUUAUUUUUAAUGUUAUAGGAUUAAGUACCUAAAAAUUGGACUCGUUUUGAUUAAUAUUUCUAAUUUUGGUUAGAUUUUCUAUAAGAAGGAAAACUUUAAAUGUAAUAUUGUUUAGACAAAGAUAUGAUUUUAUAUAUGAUUGAUUUCAUUCUUGAUAAAAGUAGUCCAUUAUAAUUGUAUGAAAAGAAAACAUAAAUGGGAAAUGCUUACUUUCCUAUAAAUUGUUAAAUACCUAUGCAAAUUAUUAGUACUCUCCUUUAAUAAAAUCAUUAACUCACUCUUUAAGAAAAGAAAUUGUUAUAUUCACCUAAAUUUUAUGAUAAGGCUCUUAAAAGUGCUAAAAUUGAAGAAUUAACACCAAUUAUUCUAAAAUUUGCAUAUAAUAAUAGAUAUUUCUCAGAAAUUAUUACAGGAUGUAUUAUGAGAGGACUUGGAAGUGGUGAUUCUGAUGAAUUUAAAAAUUAUAUCUAAAUAGCCAAACCAUUUUUAUUAAUUAAAGAUAAUCUUUAAAUUGAACGUUUAGAAUGGUUAAUAGGAAUACCUUCAUCAAAAUAAAAGGACUCAACUAAAGUUUAUGAUAAUUAAUUCAUAGAAUAUCCACAAUUUGGUUUAUAUGGAUUGACAAGCUUAGAAGAAGAUUAUUGGACAUUUUCAAGUCCAUUAGGAUGGUAAAAUAGUCUAUUUGAUUAAUUUUGUUCACACAGAACAACUAAAAAUUUGGAUAAUCAAUGUAUACUUAUUCUCAAAUUAUUAUUAAUGAUUAGUCUUGAAUGUGAGACAUGUUUUGAUUAUAUCUCCAAACUUCCUUGUGUUAAUUAUCAAUAUGUAAAUAAUAUUACUUAUCAUUUUAUAGAAAUAUAUGGAGGAUAUUUUCAAAGCUUUCAUUGAAACUUACAUAAUAGAUACAAAAAGAUUCUAUUCCUCAUUUCCUCGUAAAUAAGAAACUGAAGAAACAAAAGGUUAUUUAGAGUAGUAUUGUAAUAAGUUAUCUUAAAUUCACAAUGAAUUUUAACCUUAAUUCAAUUAUAUAAUUGGAAAAUCUAUUGAAGUUAAUAGAGUUAGAAGAACUUAUUUCCUUUACAAUCCUUGUACAAAAGAGGAGAUGUAAAUAGAUGAAGGAUCUGAAGGAUUUGAUGAAAUUAAACAACAAAUUGAAGAAGGCAAUUAACACAAAGUUCUUACUAUGGAAGUAAUUUCUAUUAUUUAUAAUUAUUAAAGGAGAAAAUAUAUAAAACUCAUAUAUGUGAUAAUUUACCAAAUGGAAAUACUAAUGAGGCCUUACCAUCAUAAUAUGUCAAAGGAACAUAAAUUCAUAAUUAUUCUGUUGAUCCAAAUUGUUAAGCUGCAAAUUUCAUUUAAUCGAAAGCCUGGAGUGCUGAUAGUGAUGACAAAGCUACAGUGAUUAAUCCAAGAAUUGCUGAUACUGUUAAAUAGAUUUAAAUCCAAAAUCAUACUAAUAGAAAUUUACAUGUUAUCUUAGAAAUCAAAGGUGAAUCCAAUAAUUGUCAUUAUAUUCCUAAAUCAAAAAUUUAAUCACUUAUGAGCUCUAAGAAUUCGACUACAAUGUUUACAGCAAUUAAAAAUAAUUCUAAUUAAGAAUUCCCACCUCUUUAAUUGACAUUAGUGCAUAAAAAAUAAGAACCUAGAUAAGACUCUUACCUAUAUUUAUCGUCUUAAGAUGAAAUGAAUUUGGAAUUAUUAUGA